AUGAUUACCAACACCGAAUCGUCUGGAGAGACUCCGAAUCCGACGGUCGCCAAUACGAGAAAUCAUCAUUCAGACUCGAGCAGUUACACAGAUUAUCAAGAGAAGGCGGAGGCCGAGCAACCACAAACCGGUGAUAAUGUUGGCGCGGAAAGGAGUGGAAAUGUUACAGCUGGCCUACAGGUUGUGGGAGCCUUUUUCUUGAUGUUUAAUUCUUGGGGCGUGGCAAAUACUUUUGGCGCGUACCAAAACUACUACGAGAACGCAUUACUGAAAAAUGAGACACCUUCACGAAUAUCCUGGAUCGGGUCUAUCCAAGCCUUUCUACUCCUUCUCCUCGGUGGCCUUCUCACUGGCCCUGUCUUCGAUGCUGGUCAUCUGCGCGGACUCGUCACUAUCGGGACCGCAGCAUCUAUGUUUGGGAUGAUGAUGACUAGCAUCUGUAAAGAGUACUGGCAGGUAGUUCUGGCACAAGGCCUGAUUGUGGGAUUCGGUUCUGGCUGUAUGCUUCUGCCAAGUGUCGCCGUAUUCCCGCAGUACUUUACGAAACGCAGAGCUCUUGCCACCGGCCUCGCUGCAGCUGGAAGCAGUCUAGGUGGUGUCGUGUACCCAACUGUCUUCCACGAACUCCAGCCGAAAAUCGGAUUUGGUUGGACCACAAGAGUGAUUGCUUUCAUGAUGCUAGGUACAUUGACGAUCCCUAUGACGGUCAUGAGAGCCAAAGUAUUUCCAGCCACUCGGAGACCGCUCUUUGACUUCAAAGUCCUGCGAAAUGUGCCCUUCGUUCUCUUUUCAUUGGGGGAAUUCUUUGGCUUUAUGGGAAUGUACAUCCCGUUCUAUUACAUUACAAGCUACAGCUUAGCCAAAGAUAUCGCGAACGCCAAUCUCAGCUUCUACCUCCUCGCCAUCAUAAACGCAGGCUCAAUCUUCGGACGAAUUGUCCCCAACUUCGUCGCCGACAUCUCUGGGCCCCUCAAUAUCUGUGGACCCUUUGUUCUAUUUUGUGGCAUCAUUGCAUUCUGCUGGACGUCGGUCUCAUCGAUCGGGCAGAUCAUCGUCUUUUGUCUAUUCUACGGAUUUUUCUCUGGAACCUUCGUCUCGAUUACUGGCCCAUCCCUUGCGUCCAUUUUGACUGACAUGUCAGUGAUGGGGACGCAUAUGGGCAUGAGUUUUGCUGCUGCCUCGCUUGGUCUAUUAGUAGGAAAUCCAGUCGCUGGGGUGCUGCUGGACAGUUACGGUUGGAUUGGACCGGCAAUGUUUUGUGGCGCUACAAAUCUGUUGGCGGGCAUAUGUGUAGUGCUUGCGAGAUUUAGUAAGACUGGGAAUGUUUGGGUGGUUAAGGCUUGA